AUGCGUGAACCUCCACUAGACCUCGAGCACACGCCUCUGGGAUCCAUACCUCUGCUCCCAUCCUUCAAGAUCUACGCCGAGACAUACAAGCAGGUCAACGGGCAGCCCAUCGAUGCCUACAUCUACAUCCCCAAGGACCUGCCGCUUGGCAAGCGCCCGCUCCUCGUCCGAUUCCACGGCGGCGCAUUCAGCGAGGGCACCUGCGAUUCGUGGAUCCAUCCUUGGAUCUUCGAACUGGCCCUCAAGCACGGCGCGAUAAUGGUGUCACCAGACUACCGCUUCCGCCCGGAAUCCACCCUGGCCGACGAGCUGGACGACAUGGGCGACUUCUGGACCUGGGUCGCGACGACCCUGCCAUCCGUCCUCUCAUGCCCAUCCAUAUCCCCCACAACACCCCCAACCCCAUCCCCAUCCCCAGAACUAGACCUCACCAACACAGCCAUAGUAGGCGAAAGCGCCGGCGGCUACCUAACCGCGCAAACCGCGCUCCUAAACCAGACCGCACCCCCCAUCCACCUCCGCGCCCUGCUGAUGCAAUACCCGCUCCUAUCCCUAGCGCGGCACCUCUCUGAGCUCGAGGCCCUGCCCGAAACCGAGAAAGUACUAAUUUCAGUCCUAGAGGCGCACCUCUCAACCCUAAAAGCCACCCCAGGGAAAAUCGUCACGCGCGUCGACAACGGCGCGCGCAUGGAGCUGUUCGGCUCCAUGGUGCACCACGGGCAAUUCGUCUCGGGCGGCUCUACCCUCGCCGUCGGAGAUGCGAAUGCUUACCUGGACCCGAUGUUGAGUCUGGAGACUGUGCGGGGGGCGGUCCCGCCGACGCUGCUGUUCCAUGGGCGGGAGGAUACGAGUGUGACGGUGGACAAGUCCGAGGAGUGGGCGGAGAAGUUCAGGCGGCUGCAGCCGGAUACGCCGUUUAUGUUCGUGGUUAGGGACGGGGAGGAGCAUAUCUUCGAUCGUGAUGAUACGCUGGCGACGCCGUGGCUGAAAGAGCCGAUUGAGUUUGUGGAGAGGUUUUGGCCUGCUAAGUAG